CUUGCCCUGAGUUAGCCCAAUAGCAUGCCCACGGUGGCUCAGUGGUCGAGCCAACGACUUAUUCUUCUCUCUCUCUCUCUCGCCGCCUAGGUCUCACGUUAAACCAACGAACGAUCGAUGAAGCUGAUCAAAGACGGUGGAGAAGGCAAAUAUUAAAGUUUUUGUAUUUAUUGGUACGACCCAUAUGGUUCAUUCUUCGUCUUCACAGACAAGCCGUAGAAAAUGCUUGCAAGAAAAGCCAUAGACCUCUUGCGCACGUUAGUUCCUAUUGAUCCCUGUGAAACCGAAUCAUGGCCAUGUCAAGAUAUUUGACAUUUGGAAUUAUUAGGAGAGUUGCACAAUCCGUGUGCAUAAACCAGAAAAGCAUUUCUUUGGAGAAAAGGAAAUAUGGGCGACUGGUUACAGGUGGGCUAUACUCCCCUCAAUACAGGUUGUACUCACAAAACAUGUUCCGAAGUAGGAGACAUUCUUCGUUCACAGAUUGCAAAAUCAAGGGUGGCUUUUGCAACAGUACCUUUCGCAAGAAUUUUUCUUUCAUACCCGUGAGUAACUCUGUAGCACAUCAGGCCCAAGUUGCUUGGAAGAGGCUUUCUCAGAGAUCUCCUAAUGGCCAAACUUUUUCUCCUAUUGGUAGGAUUGCUCAAGCAGUUAGCUUGGCAUUGAGCCGCUCUUAUGUGGUUGUUCCUGGUGUGUUUGCCUUAACAUGCGGAAAUGUAGCAUGGGCACAAGCAUCUGCAGACACGGAUCUGAUCCAUCCAAGGAAUACUUUGUAUAUGCGUGCGGAAGACGGGCAUGCAUUCUUUAUCUCAUUAAUUCUUUCAACAUUGGAAGGGGUUCUCCUGUUACUGAGAGCUCUUUAUUUAGCAGUUUUGUUCUCACCCAGCGUAGCAAUGGCUCCAUUUGCUGAUUGUUUUGGACCUCAGUUUCGGAAAAUGUGGCUUCAUGUUGUGCAUCAGACGUUGGAAAGAGCAGGUCCUGCAUUUAUUAAAUGGGGCCAGUGGGCAGCUACACGGCCUGAUCUCUUCCCUAGAGAUUUAUGUACCGAGCUUUCCAAGCUUCAUACCCAAGCUCCUGAGCAUAGCUUUGCAUAUACAAAAAGGACUAUUGAAAAAGCGUUUGGUCGUAAGCUUUCUGAAAUUUUUGAUGAUUUUGAAGAGGCACCUGUAGCAUCUGGAAGUAUUGCCCAAGUGCAUCGAGCUUCUUUGAGGUACCGAUACCGUGGUCGAGAGAUAAAGCCUAUGUUAGUAGCGGUAAAGGUUAGACAUCCUGGAGUUGGUGAGUCAAUAAAAAGAGAUUUUGAGAUAAUAGACAUAGUAGCAAAGAUCUCAAAGUUCAUACCUACGCUGAAGUGGUUGAGAUUGGAUGAAAGCGUCCAGCAGUUUGCAGUUUUUAUGAUGUCUCAAGUUGACCUUGCAAGGGAAGCUGCACAUUUGAGCCGUUUCAUUUAUAAUUUUCGCAGAUGGAGGGAUGUUUCAUUUCCAAAGCCUGUAUAUCCACUUGUGCAUCCUGCUGUUUUGGUGGAAACUUUCGAGCAAGGGGAAUGUGUCUCACGUUAUGUUGAUGACCUUGAAGGACAUGAGCGAAUUAAAAGUGCACUUGCCCACAUUGGGACUCAUGCACUUCUGAAGAUGCUUCUGGUGGACAACUUUAUUCAUGCUGAUAUGCAUCCUGGAAACAUCCUUGUCCGGGUAGGUCAGAGCAAAUCUUCUCGGAAACGGCUCUUUAAAUCGAAGCCUCAUGUUAUAUUCCUUGAUGUGGGCAUGACUGCUGAACUUUCUAAGAACGAUCGAGUAAAUUUAUUGGAAUUUUUUAAGGCUGUUGCCCGGCGGGAUGGCCGCACUGCAGCAGAGUCCACGCUGAAAUUAUCGAAGCAACAGAAUUGCCCUAAACCAGAGGCUUUCAUUAAGGAAGUGAAAGAGUCAUUCGAUUUUUGGGGUACCCCAGAAGGUGAUCUGGUCCAUCCUGCUGACUGCAUGCAUCAUUUGCUUGAGCAAGUUAGGCGUCAUAAAGUCAACAUUGAUGGCAAUGUCUGUACUGCGAUGGUUACAACUUUGGUUCUUGAGGGUUGGCAGCGGAAGCUUGAUCCAGAUUAUGACGUAAUGCACACGCUACAAACACUAUUACUCAAAGCUGACUGGGCAAAGUCACUUUCCUACACAAUCGAAGGGCUGAUGGCCCCAUGAGAAAGUCCUUGACUGUAGCUGCUGGUAAUGCAAAACAAUUUUUGAUGAUAGAGAACAAAAAUAUUUAUAUCAGUUCAAGGAAUAACAUUAAGUCCCUUAGGUAUAAUUUUUUUAACCGUUUAUAGCUGCUCUUUACAUGUUCCUUGUCUGAAAAUUUUGUUUUGGAAAGUUUUGUGCUGUAUUAGUUCUCUCUCACUGAGAAAUAGUGUGCCUCAGCAAUUGCAAGCAAAGACGUCGAAGAAUGGACCAACCAAAGAGCUAAAAACAUGGCAUUCUUUGCUUCCCUUUGCCUUUGGCGUUUCGAUUCAUUUUUUUUUUCUUUCUUUUUGGACUAAUGUAUAAUAAGAUUGAUUAUUCUC